AUGCUUGAAUAGAUCGUCUUUGAAUGGCCACCAAAUUGUCCAAUUGAAAUUCAAGAGCUGGUAGGUCGUGAACGUUUUGAUUCAAAGAAUCCGAAAUAUAUGAUGCCAUUUUUCUGGAUCAAGGAACCGAUUCCAGCUACUCGAUCGUGGGCGGUAAUAGUGUGUGGUAUAGAAUGUGCGUUUGGACUGAUAUGUUUGUUAUUCAAUAUGCUUCAUUUCGUUCUUUAUUUACCGUCCUAUAAGGGUGACGGUAUUCCUGGACUGAUUUGCUUCGUCACGUUCGUUCAACUGAGCAUAUUUUACGGGUACAAAGUUUUAUUCAUGAUUGCAAUCUAUGAGAAACGCGCUCGAUUGUUUGAACAUCAGCUUAUAUUUCAAUAUGCGACUUGUGUCUUUCUUUUGUUGAAUUCAUCAUUCACACUGGCUGCUGAUUUCGGUGGUUUUCAUGAGGAAUAUUUAUAUGCGCAGAAGAAUCCGUUGUUGAUUCGUUUCACUGCACUUUUGUCGAUUUGUUUCAUCUUCGUUCAGCUGUUCCUUCGAUUCAUGACUGUACCAGUUUUUAAUUUCAUUAACGAUACGAGACACUUCCAGUGA